UCUUCCAUGGUUUUCUUUAUUUUUUUCCUUUUUGUUAUUUUUUGUUUUUUUGAAAAGCCACGCACCACUCAACAGUUUCGUUCUCAGCCAAAUCCAACAAGGCGCCGUCUUAAUUUUGACCAAGAACUUCAUCAGCCAUAUAUUCGUUAAAUUUGUUAUUUAACUGGACUUGUUGCCAAUACUUUAAUUUGGUUUUAGGUAACAGUUUAUUAGGAGUCUAAUUAUCCAUAAAAGAAAGUAUUUAGAAAAGGAUAAUGGCGGAAUCGGCGCCUGGUACUCCAGAGGCAUCGGCAUCGGCGACACCUGGAAGGAUAACAACCACUAGACUGAAUUCUAAAAAGCGAUUCAGGACGAUGUUUAGUCCGAUUCAGAAGGAGAAGAUGUUCCAGUUCGCGGAGAAAGAUGGGUGGAAGAUGCAGAAGGAAAAAACUAAAACAGGGAAUUAAAUCUUCUGCUGUUGCUGCCACUGAGUAGCGGCCGGCUGUGUCGGCACAAACUCCAGAGCUUGCGAGUUAAGCCGAUCGGACGACAAGCUCCGUGACAGCUACGGAUCUGACGAAGAAGAAGAAGGUGAAGAUAAAUCUAGGGUUUCAAAUUGCGCCAUGAUCAGGUUGAUAUACAGAUAGAGAAAAGUGAAAUUGAGAGGAAUAACGAAUGGGUAAAUCG